AGAGGGGAGUGAACAGUUCAUACCAGGGUUGGGAACAAUUCUGCAAAACCUACUGUAACUUUACAUUGUAUCAGCAAACCGGCUGUUGUAUCUUUGUGGGUUGCGUUGAGAAAUUGGCAAGUGUGGAAUUUGUCUAAGCGUUCAGUUCAGCAGCUUGAUGGGGGCGGGAAACGCUGUUCUGCCUGCAAGAUGAAGGCUCAGAUGUUUGUGGAUUGACGGGCUGCAGAUAAAGGACCAUGGCAGGUUUUUACAACUGUCUGAAGACGAACAAAUCUAGGAACUGCAUCGCGAUGUCCACAUCAGAGGAGGAACCAGAGGCGCUGGAAGGAGAGGAAGUGGCCGAUACAUUUGCAGGGAGGAAGAAAUCCAAAUUUCAGAGCUUUAAGGACUUCUUUGCCAAGAAGAAGAAGAGCAAAGAUCUCCCGUCCUCCACGGAGGAGACCAAACGAAAGCCGAGCCAGGCCAACAGCGAUGGCGGCUCUCCUCAACUGGAGUCCAUCUUGCUGCCUUCGCCCUUGGAAAAUGAGUCCAAUAGUAGCGUGGGAGACCAAGCCUUAAUGCACGACAGCCAGUUUCCUUCCGAAGCGUUGUGUGAUGUGGUUGGGGAAACAUCCUUGCAGGAAAAUUUCCCUGAGAAGGUGAAAAAAUUCGAGCAAAGUCUCUGCAUUGAGUCUCCACUUGUAAUGACCACCGGCAAAAGGAUGGAUGGGGUGGUCAUUGUUUCAGAAGAUGGUCGUUUGCCCAGAAGCCUUCUGGAAAUCUCCACCGUCCAUGACAUUCUGGUAUCUUCUACAACUCAGACUUCCGACCCUCUCCAGCUCUGCAGCUCUUUGAGUUUAGAUGAGACAGACGGCAAAGCCAAUCAGGUUGCUUCAGGGUCUCCUCCUAAGCAUCGCAGCAACUCACUUCCUCUGGGGUGUCCUGCCUCGCCCCACGGCCAGGCACUUCUGGUUGAUUUCAACACCCCGGCUUCUCCCCUAGGCUGCCUGGAUACCUCGGCAGCCAAGCACAGAAUUGCGAUGAACCCCCGAAAGCAGAAGGGGGCUGUGAAGAAGAGUCGCCAUUUUCUUGUGGAGCAGAUGUUGGAAGAACAAGAACCUCUGGAGCCUGAGGAAGAAGAAAGAAGGCCCUCCAAACUCCUGGAAGAAGCUGCUGGUCAGAGAGAAGUUUGGGAAGGCUUGGUGAGCCACCAUGUGGUGAAGGGAAACGAAGACGGGACUGACGAUGCGUCAUCUGGGACCAGAACCUCUGAAGCUUUGCCUUCUUCCAGCACUGGCCUGCAGGAAGAUGAAAUGUGUGUCUUGAUAUCAGACGCCCAGAACUUGCCAGAGACUCAGCUCCAGUCGAGCUCCACCGUGCCCUGUCCAGAUGUACCAGCCUCUUUCAUCAAAGGCAGAGAAACAGAGAAGAAGGACCAUGAGGAGAAGAAAGGAACUUGUCCUCCCACAGAUGAUCAAAAAGCACAAAGUGGUCCAGAAGUCACAGAAAACUCGAAAUCUUUCCACUUGAAGACCAAAGCCACUGGACUCCAUAAUACACCACUUUCUGCUUUGCCAAAGAGUAAAGUAGGGAAAGAACCUAUAGCAGAAGAUAUCCAGAUAGCUUGCUCACAACGAACAGAUGUCCGAGCAAAUGUUUCUAAACCUGCCAGGAACCGACACAGAGCAUGCGAUAGAUCUGUCUGUGGAGACAGUUCUACUUCUCUGAAGGCCGAUCCCAUGCUGUAUGUUCCACAGCUUUCUUCAUCUGCUCUGAAGGCUUCCUCAGAUGCCCCGAAGGACUUCAUGCACAAGCACAAGCACACUGUCAAUGAAGAUGGAAGAGGGCCUUCAGAUAUGGAACUUCAGCCUUCUCAAGGCCCUGGGAAGCCGAUAGAUUCUUUACAGGGCACGUUGUCCACUCUGGAGGUUGACCCUGACAGACCUGUGCUUCUGAAUGUAGCAGACAAGAAACCUUGUCUCCAACCUGAGGACAGCACUGUUCGAGAAUUGGGGAGUCUUUCUUCCGGAAGACCGUCCACCGUGGGAUCUACUGAGGUUGCUUCCAAAACGUGCCCUCCUGUCAGCACUCCUGGAGUUCCGUUGGGAAACGUCAUAACCACGGAAGAAAGCAAAGCUACGGAGAUGAACAAGACCCAGGCAAAGUCCUCCUCUGCAAAGCCAGUCAGAUUCACCAUCGCUCCAGCCUGGCAGAGAUCUCUCUCAGGGGGUUCAAGCUCGGUGGACAAUUCCUGCCCUCGAAAUUCUCCAACAUCUCCCGUAAAACCAGAAUUGUUUGAAAGACUUUCUCCACUCGAUGCAGGGUCCCAAAUAAUAAACCCCCCUGAAAGACCUGACCGGGCUAAUAGAAACACGGGGGUCCACUUGAAUUCUUCCCCUGAGGAAGUGCAGAACUCCCAAAGCCCAUUUGGAGUGAAGCUCAGGAGGACCUCAUCUUUGCUCAAGUACCAAACAGAACAUCACUGGGACCCUCCCAAGCUGGUUCCAUUGGCAGUUUCUUCACCAUCCUCGAUAAAAAUUGAAGCCAAGGCACCAGGUUCUGGAGCCUCCCUUCAAAAUCGUACUGAUGGUACUAAGGGUUUACUCGCCAACUCUGGCAAGCAAGACAAAAACCUGCUUGGGACCAAACCUGGAGAAGGAGGCACCGAGCUGCAAGCAAGCAAACCUUCAGAACAAACCCCCCCAGUGUUUUCGGCAAGCCCCUCUGUUCAGCCAUCUUGGAUCUCCCUGGCAAAACAGAAACAGCAAGGAUUCCAGGAUGAUGCUGUGGCCAAGGGGCAGAAAAAGAGAGAGGAAGCGGUAGCCAAAACGGGAAAAGAGGGGACAACACCUACAAGCGCAUCUCGCCUCCAAAAGCAAGUAAGCCUGACUAGCGAUGGUUCACCCAAGAAAAGUAUCCCUUAUCAAAAUGUGUGUCUACUGGAGAAUAAAGUAGCGUUGAAGUCAGCGCCGUUGGCUGCCAAAGAAGGAUUUGCCAGAAUCCUCCCCCAGGCAGGUCCUCGGAUGGAAAAGGACACCAGAUUGCCACCCAUCCUUCCUGUGGCCUCCUGCAGCUCCACCAAACCUCCUUGGCUGUCCCUGGCUAAGAAAAAAGCCAAAGCAUGGAGCGAAAUGCCUCAAGCGGUUCAAUAGCAAAUGACAAAAAAAAAUUCUUCUCACACUCUGCUGCCAGUAUUAGUGUUAGCCGCCGGAAGUUGACCGUGACCGUAUUUCUAGACGUCUUGAGCCAUUGAAGAGUUGAUCCAGGAGGAAACAAGAUUGGCGCUUCUGCCAAAAUGGGUGGCUUGGCACAACCACCCAAGGUCAUUUCCAUGCUUGCUGUCUGCAGGGCUACAAUCCAGGUGGGUGAGCCUAGCCUACUUAACUCCUGAAGGACCAAAACUUCUGCUGAGAUGAUCGGGGUUUGCCCGAAGUAGCUUCUGCUGGAAUUUCUGCCCUUCUUACAGCCUGUUGGGAUGUAGAAGAUCGAGGCCAAUGUUCUUCAGACUUGGCUACUUGAAGAUGUUGGCUUGAAGUCCCUCAGCCCCCCAUUGUCAGGCUACCAAGUUUGACAAACCCUGACAAAUGUAGAUCCUGGCUUGUAGUUCUCCAACGGUGAAGAUAUUCACCUCUGUUUCUGCCCCCGUCAGUAAUUCUCUUAUUCUAGGUGGAUUUUUUGAAGCUACCGAUCGCGGUGUCGAUUCUGGAAUUAACUCUUCCUUCUUGCAAUUAACCUGUUUCCAUCCUACUCCGACGUAUUGCCCUAACUUCUCUUUUUGCUCUGUAAAAGAGGUCAGAAAAAGCAAUACGUCCUUUUCUUUUCGUCUUGUUACUCAUGGUUUCUUUUUUAUGUCAAUAAAUAGCUUUUAAAUAUAA